ACUCCAACAAGUCGAUGCUGUCAUGCACUCCCGUCUCGCCCAUUGAUUCCCUCACUCGCUCGACCAGCACGAUAAUGACGUGAGCGCCAGUCUCAGCGCCAAUCCGAACCAUCCUCGACGAUCCGACCUAGGCAAUUAUCCUGCGCAAGAAAUCGCUUGGCCUCCCACACUCCCACUAUGGCCUGCCAGAACUGCCAGAGCCAGGCGCGGCUCCUCGUCCGCGCUGCCACCCGCGCUGGACGAACUGCUCCCUCCUCGAAACGAUAUCUCGCGACAGCUGCUUCCAAGGCGACGACGACCUCCUCCUCCUCCUCUUCCUCUUCCUCUUCUACGGCGCCUGCGAAUGCCAGGCUCUUCUCGACAUCCCAACACAAAGCCCUCUUUGGCGGCAUGGCGUCGCCGUACUUUGUCGUCGGCGCAACGGAGCGCCUGUACAAGUUCUGCGGCCCCGUGGCAGACUACCGCAUCAACCAGAAGCUACGAGACCAGGAUGAGGUGCCAAAGCUCGAGGACGGCGAGGAAGUGGGAGAGUCCCUCAACCCGGGCAACCCAUGGCACACAUUGUUCAACAUGCCGCCGACGUUCAGCACCUGGUCCCACGUCACGAUGCUCCACCUGUACCUCCUCAACGCGCGCAUCCGGUGCUUCGACCGCGACGCCUUUGCCAACUGGCGCCAGCAGCUCAUCGACCACUUCUCCUUUGAGGCCGAGAAGAAGAUGCACGUCGAGCACAACAUCACCUCGAGCGCCCUGCGCCAGCGCUACCUCAAGGACAUGUUCACCCAGUGGCGCGGCAUCAUGGUCGCCUACGACGAGGGCGUGGUCAAGGGGGACGCCAUCCUGGCCGCCGCCGUGUGGCGGAACCUGUUCAAGGGCGCCGAGGACGCCGACCCCCGCGCGCUGGCCGCCAUUGUCGGCUGGAUGCGGGCCUGUAUGAAGAGCCUCGAGGGCGUCAGCGACGAGGCCUUUGCCACGCGCGCCGGCGAGGUCCUCGCCCUGCCCGUCGAGAGCUUCUGGCAGGGCAUCGAGAAGGCCAGCAAGGCCCAGGCCAGCGCGGCCACGGCCAAGGCGACGGUGGGGAGCACGACCACGGGACCUGUCAAGGAGCGGAUCGUGGCGGAACCGAUCGUUGGCAAGGGGCAGUGAGUGAUGUGUGUGUACCAUUUGUGUGCAGAGAGGAUCAAGGAAUUCCCUGUAUAUAUACAUAUACUAUGCAUGUUGUAUC